AUGUUAUCUCGAGCUAUCCUUCGAUCUAGACCUGCUUUCGUUGCUCCAGUAGCACGACCUUUGGCUUUCACUUCUGUCAGAUUCGCUUCAGGUGGUGGAGCUCACGCUCACGAGACUGAAUCGUACGAAUCAUUCAACAGUCGAUAUCAAACUUUCUUCUCAUCCGUUGGAGAUUUAUUUGAACUCCAAAGAGGACUCAACAACUGUUUCGCAUAUGAUUUGGUUCCUUCCACCGAAGUCAUCGACGCUGCUUUGAGAGCCUCUAGAAAAGUCAACGAUUACGCUACUGCCGUUAGAAUCUUGGAAGGUGUUAAAGAGAAAGUAGAAAACAAAGGUCAAUACCAAGCUUAUCUGGAUGAAUUGAAACCUACCAUCGAGGAACUCGGCAUCACCACCUCUGAACAAUUAUACGGUAAAAACUAA